CAUCAUUUAGGUAGCAUUCUUGUUUGACAGGACAACAAACAAAAAUUGAAAGCGUCUGAUAUUUGGAAGAAUGUGGUGACAGGUAGGCAAAGAUGGAGCCGCAACCACCAAGGAAGCCGAAAGAGAACCGGCCAUUUUAUGCUCCCCCAGAGGACAAACCAAUAGCUGUACAGAUCAUCAAUGAAGCCAGGUCUUCUUUGAAGGAGUUAAAAACCAAGAGACCUUUUACACCAAGAGAUGAAAGGAGAACUCUCUUUGGAUCAAGACCUGUGAACACCUCAGAUAACCGUCCACCCAGUGCUUUCAGCCUAGAUUCUCGACACUUUGAUCCAGAUUCCAGGCCAGUUUCAGGAACCAGAUUAAGCCCUUUGGAUCAUAAACCGUCCAUAUCAACUGUUCAAGAGGAUGUUGCCAAGUUGCCGACAGAGGCCGAGAUGGAGGGUUUAUUGUUGCCUCCACGACCUCCAAGUGAUGCCAGUAAACCUAACAGGAAGGCAGCACGUACACGAACACAGCCUACCAACAGUGUAGAUAACUCUGUUCCACCAGAAUCACAGAAGUCAAGGAAUGGAGCAUUGUCAGAUGAUUCACCAUCUAAAGAAAUUAGUCCCCAAACUCCAGAGCGUGUUAACAGUGGAUCUAAGGAUAGAAGUCCUGCAAUGGAAGAGAGAGGGGAAGGAGAUGGCAAGGAAGCCCCUCCCCACAGAGCCCCCAGUGUGGCAGCUAACACUCCAGUACCAGGUGUGUCUAGUGUACGAGCAGAUGUUGAAGAAAGACUAGGUAGUGGUGGCUCUAAAAGGACCAGUCAAGAUCCAGAACCGAGGGUCGGGAGUGGCGGAUCGAAGAGAACAUCAAGUGCUGGCAGUAGAGGAGGUAGUGCAGGUAAAAGAGAUGAUGACAGCCAAGAAGAAGUGGAAUUUUAUACAAAUCAUAUAGCACCUCUCCUCGAUUUGAUGGCAGAAUAUAGUCAAAAAAAAGAUGUACAGAAGAUAAUUUCCCUGUCAGAAGAACUGUACCAACUUCUUCAGAAACAUAAUUUACUGUCAAAAAAUUAUAAACAACGAUCAAAAAUUCUCAAAUCUAUUUUUAAGAUGUUAGAUUUAGAAGAACCUCAGUUGUUACUACAGUUAGCACGCCUUAUCUUGGCAUUGGUCGCAGAGGAUAUGUUCCGUGUUGGAGGUAACAACUUGUUAAAUGUGUGUAAACUUGUGUUCAAAGUCAGCAGAAAUGAGAAGAAUGACCCUGCAUUUUUAGAUGGCAAUAUAUUAGAUUUACUCCUAGAGACCAUGAAUGGAGUAGAUAUUUUAGGGACCCAUGAGGCAUUGAUUUAUUGUGUCGGCUCAUUGAAGUUUCUCACUGGCAAUGCUACCAUAGCCAAACAGCUUGUACAGAAACAUUGUAUAGAAAAACUCUCCACUCUUCUAGACAGUAUUUUAAAAUUGGUUGGAGGGAACAGUCAUACUCCGGAACAGCUAGGCAAUAUAUUGGUACAGCUUACAGCAGCUUUACGAAAUCUUGCUGACACAGGCUCUAGUCGUGACAAAAUUCUCAAUUGUAGAUUGCUGGAUAGCUUAACAUUAGUAUCAGAUAGCUAUGCAUCUGACUGGGAAAUUGUCCUCAACGUCUCCAGAAUAUUUAGCAAAGUCACGUUACACACAGAUUGUUGUAUGGCUCUGUCGGAGAAUGUUUUAUCAUACAAAGUGUUCCUACAUCUUUUAAAGAAACAUCUAAAAAGACAGGAUAUAGCAGUGAGGGUGUCUUUUAUUCUUGGAAACAUGACGGCCAAGAAUGAUGAUGCUCGAGUCCAGCUCUUCCAACAACCUAAGUCACUCGAUAUCAUUCUAUCAGUAUUAAAGACUCAUCUUGAAUUAGAUUAUAAGACCAGAAAUAAAUUGGAGAAGAAGGACAGAUCCAAGUCUGAUGGUGGUAGUGAAGAUACAACAAAACAUGGAGAUGUUCUUGUAAAGGUUGUAAGAGUGAUUGCAAAUAUAUCUAUCAAUGAAGAAGUUGGACCACAAGUUGCUGCAAGUAGCCAUUGUGUUGAACUACUUAUCAGAAUCUUAGAAACAAAGGACAUUGAGAGUAGUGAAGAGUUAGUAUUAAACACAGUAGCUUGUAUAAAUAAUCUGUCAUUCUUCAACUGCAAGAAUAGUGCUGUAACCACACAUCAAAUGAAACUAGUUGACUGUCUGAUGAAGUUAGUUCUAGCAGAGAGUAUGAUGAAGUCAAUAGUGGAGGUGUCCCGAGUGUUUGGCAAUCUAACAAGACAGAAGCAAGUCAGAGAUUACCUACAUCAACAACAAGUUGAUAAAGUACUGAUCACACUGCUUGACUCUGGUGACAAAGAGGUUGUGUAUAUUGCCUGUGGUGUGCUUAUAAACUUUAUGGUGGAUGAAGAGAAGAGAAAUAUACUGAAGAAGGAAGGUGGAAUUACAAAAUUGGUUGAGGUUCUACGUGACUUUGGACGAGGAGACUGGGAGCUUGCAGGAAUGGUCUGUCAGACACUGUGGAACUACAGUGGUAAAAUCACCAGCAGUAAUGCUUGCUUUGGUCAGAUAGAGGCACAGGAACUGUCAGAAAUACUUGUUGACUUCUUAGACAAAGAGAAUAUAUAUGAUGCAGAGUUGUCUCAGAUGGAUGAAGAUUUGCAGGAAUUUAUCAUGGAUUGUUGGGAGACCCAGUUCUGCCCAGUAGCGGAACAACUGUUACACCGGAUAGAAUCCCACAACUCGAACUUUGAACCAUUACAGUCUGCAGCCAGCUAAUACUGUAAAACUAGGAUUUUAGUGUUGCAAAAGACCAAUGGUGGAAGAAUGGGGAUCAGAUCCUUAAGAAAGAAUUAUUUAUUUUAUGUGAGAAGCUAUUGCAGUUUGCGGCCAGGUAGUACUAUAAAAUUGGAUUCCGAUGUAGUAAAACUAGAGAAAGUAAAACCAUGGCUAGAAGUUAAAGUCCUUUAUGGAAAGCUUACUUAUUUUAUAAGAAAUACAGAUAUAGGAAAUUAUGUUGAAGGAGACUGCAGUUGACAGGUAUUUUGGAGAUUGAUGUUUCAGAGACUUACUGUGUAGGACUGUGGCAAGGUUCAGCUCUCUUAUGGAGAGCUGUAAGAUAUAGGUACAGAAAACCUCUGUGAAAAUGACCACCAUUUUGUUCGAGUCUGCUUUUUCAGAAUUUUACUUUGCAGGAACUUUGCAGCGUGCAGUAAGAAACAAUGCUUUAUUUAUUUGACUCCGUCCAGUUCAUAUUAUAUCAAGCACAGGUAGCUUGAGUUAGUAUUUAUGUGGAAGAAUGCAGGUAAAAAGUCUAGGCCUAGUAUUUGUAAUGUAGACAAGAGGAAGUUAGCAUGUUAUGAAAACAAAUCUAUUUUCUGUUGUCAGUUUUUGCUUACAGUGUCAGAUAGUGUCAUUGUUGCUGUAUGAGAGAGAACUUAAAUCUGCAUUCUUAUUUCAUCCAAAGCUUAUAUACAUUCCAGUGCAUAAUAUGUCAUAAUACAUUAAGAGUCUGAUAAUUCACUUACUUUGAUAUUGUAGACCAUUUUAUUUCAUGAUAAACUCACUGUUUUUUGGUGAAUUUAUAGCAUAUGAAAAUUCAUAUUUUUUUAACAUGCAAAAUAUACUUCAGUAAACCUCUAACAAGAACAUGAAAAUAUAUAGCAAAACCCCUUAUUUUAAGUUUUAACUGAAUAGCAUUUUCACCAAGUGAAAAGUUAGUUCUUGUAGUUUCCAGUUUAGAAAGUUUCAUUUCAAUAGAAAGAACUUAUUUUGAUCAAAAAUAAUUGUUCUGUUUAUAGGGAUUUCCCUUUUUAGAGGAUUUUGCUUUUUAGCGGUUCCAUAAUAUCACAUGUCUAGGUUCAUAGUCCAGCUUCAUUUAUUUGAAGUUUUCAUCAUUUAGUUGAUUGUCAGAUAAGAUAAAAAAAAAAACCCUGUAUCCCACAGGUAUAACACACUUGUAUAUAGAAGUAUAGGGAGAUAAUUAUUUCAGAAAUCUUCGGUACAUCUUGCGUUUGUUGGGGGAGAAAAACAAGAUUUUGAAUGACUUUAGAGUGUAUCUUACAUAAUCAAAAUUAAUUCAAAACUUACAAGAUACUAACAGUCUUUGACAAUCUAUUUCUAUGUACUGGUAGUUAUAGCAAUAAUUAAAUUCUUUCAGUUUACAAGUAAUUUAUCAGUUGAAGAUAGUUUGUUCAGUUGUGUCUAUAAAAUGAUGUUUUGACAUGUAUACCGUACUACAAUUUGUUUUGCUCACAUUAUUUUCGUUAGCUAGCCACUAUUGUUAAAUUAAGAUGAACUACACAACUUUCAUAUUAAGUUUAAUAUUUGUAUGUCUUGUAAUUCCUUUAAUUUGAAAUGACACAUUCGGGAUUAGUUCAUUGAGGAAGGAGCAGAUAUGUGGAUCACAGGGUCAUGAAUUUGGUCAUGGUUUAGGGAUAAGUUUAUCAUGUAAGUCAACUUCCCACCAUUACAUAGCUGAAAGUCUGUUGAGAAAUGGCACAAAACCCAAAACAAACAAAUGAUGUUUAUUGAAAUAGUUUGCUAGUCAAAUGUACUGUAAUCUCUUGAAGGUAUUUGCUUCUGUGAAAUCAUCAUAAUUUUCACAAGGAGGGAUGGGGGGUAUUUUCUGGAUUUUGUAGUUGUAUCUGUCCAGAAAAUUAAAUCUCAGUGAACAGACAAAAUUCCUAGUCAUUUUAUUUUCGAAAUCCACUAAUUCAUACAUCCGCACAAUAAACACUCAGACCAGAACCAUGAAAUUUCAUGUCAACAAAAUGAUUCCACAGUAUCUUGCUCAAAACGAAAGCAGUGAAAAAUGAUACAGCAUUAAUUAUCUAGUGAAGUAAAAUAAGUACUUUAUCAGUUUUUUUCUUGCAAGCUUUGAAAAAAACAGAUUUUUUUUUUAACAACUGUUAGACUUGUGGCAGUAAUGAAAUAAAAUCUGAACAAACAAAUUCAUCAUUCCCAUUUAUCUUUAACAUUUGAAAUCCGACAGCUUGAAAUUUCACAUCACAAAAUCAUUACCCAAGGUAAGAGUUGUUUGGGCCAAAGUCAAAAAAUCUAAUGUCCUUGAAAUAAGAAGGUUUUACAGUUUAAACGACAAUACAAUUGUAUCUUAUCAGCUGGUUCAGGCUGUUAUAGAAUAAUUUAUAGGUUAUCGUCCAAAUUUUUCUUAAAAUGAGGGAAAGGAUGAGGAUUUUUUUUUUUUGCAUACUUUUCUGUAACCUUUUUGAAAACAGAAAAAAGAAGCUUAAAUUUAAAAAGCAAAAUAUGCAGGAGAGUUUAUCUCAGUUAAAUAAAUGGACAAAACAACAAAAAUACUAGCAUAAAUACAAAUAUCUUUGAAAAAAUUAGAAAGGUGCAAUGAAACAUUUCGAUAAUUGAGCACUUAUUUUAUUAUGGUCUAUUUCGUGAAAGUUUAUUUUCAAAAAUACAAUAUAAAAUAAAAUUUGUAUACAGUUCAAGAGUAAAUUAUGUUUACAUUUGUAAUUUUAUAAAAGCUGCUUUGCAGAGCUUGUCCAACUUUCUAGAAAUACUUCAGAUUUUCAUACACACUUUCAAUAUAAAGAUUAGAAGUACAUGUAAAUCCUUUACAAAAAAUAGGAAAAAAAUUCUCAGGUAUUAUCUGGGAUACUGUCUCUUUCAAAUUUCUUAAAAGCAUCAUAAAUAGAGAUUUUUAGUAAAAACUUAAUUUCUAAGAGGCUGUCCAGUCUGAGUGGUCAACAGGUAGAACGUCCCCAUUUAACCGAUUAUGUUGGUGAUACUUGAUGCCCAACAGAACAUAUUUUUCCAUGUCCUGUUUCUAGUAAAUAUAUUCUUAUUGACCACCUACUUAUUUGACAUGUAUUGGAAAUUUGUCAGCUUGUCUCUGGCAGGUAAAUUGAUUACAAUUUCUGUAUUUGACAAUCACGUUUUAGAGUGACUGGUUAUCAGAUAACAUUGUUUGGUAAAGAUUCUGUUUUUGACAACCAUGUUUUUGAAAACGUGAUUAUGGCCGACUAUUUGAAUGCAGACUUUUAUAUAAAGUUUAGAUGAAGUUAGUAUUUUUGUCUCUGUUGACUAACAAUAUAAAAUCUGAUUCCUAUUUUUAAAGUCUUUCUUUGCUCAGUACAGCUUAAAGGGAUACCUGUUUUCAUACACUUUGUGACAGGUGAGCUUUUGUGAUCACGCGUCGUCCGUCCGUGCGUGCGUCCGUGCGUAAACUUUUGCUUGUUACCACUCGAGAGGUCAUAUUUUUCAUGGGGUCUUUAUGAAAAUUGGUCAGAAUGUUCACCUUGAUGAUAUCUAGGUCAGGUUCGAAACUGGGUCACGUGCGGUCAAAAACUAGGUCAGUAGGUCUAAAAAUAGAAAAACCUUGUGACCUCUCUAGAGGCCAAUUAUUUCAAAGAUCUUCAUGAAAAUUGGUCAGAAUGUUUACCUUGAUGAUAUCUAGGUCAAGUUCGAAAGUGGGUCACAUGCCUUCAAAAACUAGGUCAGUAGGUCAAAUAAUAGAAAAACCUUGUGACCUCUCUAAAGGCCAUAUUUUUCAUGGGAUUUGUAUGAAAGUUGGUCUGAAUGUCCAUCUUGAUGAUAUCUAGGUCAAGUUCGAAACUGGGUCAUGUGCGGUCAAAAACUAGGUCAGUAGGUCUAAAAAUAGAAAAACUUUGUGACCUCUCUAGAGGCCAUACUUGUGAAUGGAUCUCCAUAAAAAUUGGUCAGAUUGUUCAUCUUGAUGAUAUCUAGGUCAAGUUCGAAAGUGGGUAACGUGCCUUCAAAAAGUAGGUCAGUAGGUCAAAUAAUGAAAAAACGUUGUGACCUCUCUAGAGGCCAUAUUUUUCAUGGGAUCUGUAUGAAAGUUGGUCUAAAUGUUUAUCUUGAUGAUAUAUAGGUCAAGUAUGAAACUUGGUUAACUGCGAUCAAAAACUAGGUCAGUAGGUCUUAAAAUAGAAAAACUUUGUGACCUCUGUAGAGGCCAUACCCUUUAAUGGAUCUUCAUGAAAAUUGGUCUGAAUGUUCACCUUGAUGAUAUCUAGGUCAAGUUUGAAACUUGGUCACGUGCCUUCAAAAACUAGGUCAGUAGGUCAAAUGAUAUAAAAACCUUGUGACCUCUCUAGAGGCCAUACUUUUCAUGGGAUCUGUAUGGAAGUUGGUCUGAAUGUUUAUCUUGAUGAUAUCUAGGUCAAGUUUGAAACUGGGUCAACUGCGGUCAAAAACUAGGUCAGUAGGUCUAAAAUUAGAAAAAUCUUUUGACCUCUCUAGAGGCCACAUUUUUCAAUGGAUCUUCAUGAAAAUUGGUCAGAAUGUUCACCUUGAUGAUAUCUAGGUCAGUUUCGAAACUGGGUCACGUGCGGUCAAAAACUAGGCCAGUAGGCAUAAAAAUAGGAAAACCUUGUGACCUCUCUAGAGGCCAUAUUUUUCAUGAGAUCUUCAUGAAAAUUAGUGAGAAUGUUCACCUUAAUUAUAUCUAGAUCAAAUUCAAAACAGGGUCACGUACCUUCGAAAACUAGGUCAAUAGGUCAAAUAAUAGAAAAACUUUGUGACCUCUCUAGAGGCCAUAUUUUUCAAUGGAUCUUCAUGAAAAUUGGUCAGAAUUUUUAUCUUGAUAAUUUCUAGGUCAAAUUUAAAACUGGGUCACAUGAGCUCAAAAACUAGGUUACUAUGUCAAAUAAUAGAACAAACGACGUCAUACUCAAAACUGGGUCAUGUGGGAACAGGUGAGCGAUUCAGGACCAUCAUGGUCCUCUUGUUUUAAUCAAAAUAUAGAUCCAUGAUUAAUCUAUACAGAAUUAUUCAACCAAUUAAAUGAAAGAAAAAGUGGCUGUUUUAUCAAAUAAAAUCUUGCCAUGAAUUGAUAGUCACUAUAUGUCUGUAUGUGAACUUGCGAAAACACAUGGCAGUAUGUCUGAUCAGUAAUCUGAACAUAAAACUCUAAUUAUGGUACCUUGCCCAUAGUAAAAAUAAUUUACGUUUCAAUAUAACAUUUUAUAGCAAUGUUACCAAGCCUAGGUCAGGUCAGCAAAAUAAUGAAAAAUUACACUUGUUGAUUAAGCAUUUCAGUAAAAUAUAAGAAACAUCGAUAAACAAUAAUUAAAAGGAUUUGAAUGUUUCAUUCACUAUUCCACCAGUGUAUCUCUUUAAGUUGUUAUGCAUAUGAGUUUGGCAUCAGUAUUAAUUGUUUGAAUUAAAAAUUUCUGAGUUUCAUCUUAACUUUAUUUUUAAACAACAUCUUAUAAAACUUUGAAUAGUGAUGUUUAAGCAGGUUUAUAUGUUUAACAUUUUGACAUCAGUUUUCUAACUUUAUCAGCCAAUUCAUUAGAGCUAGACUCAUUUGUUUUGUUUUGUGGUACAGACAUUUGUUAGUAUAUUCAAAUGAUCACCCUCUAUGAAUACAGCAAUUUAUUUUUCUAUAAAAUUAGUCUAAGAUUCAAGUCCUGGUGCAUUUAUGUAUAAAAAGAAAUCUGAAAUGAUUAUACUUGUAUACUAUACAAUUUUUCUCAAAAAAAAAAAUAUGGGCAUUAAUUGAUGAAAUGUCAACAGAUAUGUUGAGAAUGGCCUCUUGGCAAACGGAUGUAUACUUAUCAACCUCUGCUCAAAGAUAGUUUUGCACUACUGUACAUGUACACAGCAAGUGAUGACUUUAAAGUCCUCUAUUAUGAAAGCUAUGUCCAGCAUACAGAAAUGAUAAAAUUGAAACUCUUGUAUUGAAUGAUUAAACUAGUAAUGGUUCUGUCUUCCUAUACUAAAUGAAAUUACAAAAACAGUUGUUUGUGAAAUAUUCCAGAUAAUAUAAAUUAGGUUCAAAUCAGAGGUUUCUUUGUAGUCUCAAAAUAUGUGCAUUUUAUUUGGCCAUAUGAUCUGAAUUACUUAUAUUUGCAAGUGUUGCAAGUUUCAUUAAAAUCUAUAUGGUGGGAGUCUAUUGGAAAGUUACAAUUAGGAGAGCACUUCUGCAUACUCCCACAAUGAAGAGGUCAGUUCAGAUUCUUCAUUGUUGAAAAAGAAAUUGACCCAAAUGUGCAGAACUAUGUUAAGACCAACAGUGAACACUUAAGAGACCAUCUGGCUCUAAAGACCAGUAUUUUGAUUUCUCAUGAUUGAAACAUAUGAAGUAUAUUUAACCUGUGAAUAAAGUCCUCCUGUGAAUAAUGACCACUGUUAGAAGUUCCCAAAUUUAUACUUAUACAUGUAUAUAGGUUUGAAUAUAUAUGCUUUAAAAUACAUUAAGACCAGUGAAUGAAAUAUAUAUGUAGGAGGGUAUUUUUUAUUGUAAUCCGUCCAUUAUCACAGUGGUUAUGUUCAGAUAAACACUGUGAUGAUAAUUGGUAUUUAUAAUUGACAUCAUUGUCAAUUUUUGUUGAGAUUUGAUAUGUACAUAUCAGUAUUUUUAUGAAAAAUAAUUCCAUAUACAUGUAAUA